UUUAUUUCACCAGCAUCACAAGUAGAAAAAGGGAGGUCCCACUUCUGCCUCUCGCCAAGUGAACUAAGGGCAAGUGGGGGCUGGAAGUCUCUUGGUCGCUCCCCUCUUUUGUCUUUCCUCCCGUGGCAGCGCCAGCCUAGGGACUCCCUAGCCAGGAAACUUAAUUCACUCUCCCUUGCUCUCUGUUCCCUCCCCUAUUAGACCCAACCCUCCCGAGAGAGAGGGAGAGCGAGAGCAAAGCAGCUCGCAACUGCUGUUUGUCUGCAGCCACAGCUUCAGGUAGUCGCCUCUUCUCCCCUGGAGCCACUAGCUCCGCGUUCGCUACUCAGUCUCCCCAGCUCCUUGCUAACAAGGAUGUCCAACCUGAAACAUCCAUACAUCAUUUAGAAAGAAAAGGGGUGCUUUUGCCAGAUCCUUCUGAACAUUUCACAUCAGGAUAAUGUAACUGAAGAUUCCACUUUUGGGGAGAUUUCAUCAUGGGAGCAAACACCUCCAGCAAGCCUCCAGUGUUUGAUGAAAAUGAAGAUGUCAACUUUGAUCACUUCGAAAUUUUGCGUGCCAUUGGGAAAGGCAGUUUUGGAAAGGUCUGCAUUGUACAGAAGAAUGACACCAAGAAGAUGUAUGCAAUGAAGUACAUGAACAAACAGAAGUGUGUUGAGCGCAAUGAAGUAAGAAAUGUCUUCAAGGAACUUCAGAUCAUGCAAUGUCUAGAACAUCCCUUUCUGGUUAAUUUGUGGUACUCCUUCCAAGAUGAGGAGGACAUGUUUAUGGUGGUAGACCUUCUAUUGGGUGGCGAUCUGCGUUAUCACCUACAGCAGAAUGUCCGCUUCCAAGAAGACACUGUGAAGCUCUUCAUCUGUGAGCUAUCCAUGGCACUGGACUACCUUCAGAGUCAACACAUCAUCCAUAGGGAUAUGAAGCCCGACAACAUUUUACUUGAUGAACAUGGACAUGUCCACAUUACAGACUUCAACAUUGCUGCCAUGCUGACGAAGGAAAUGAAAAUCACCACAGUUGCUGGCACCAAACCUUAUAUGGCUCCUGAGAUGUUCAACUCAAGAAGACAGACAGGAUACUCCUUUGCUGUUGACUGGUGGUCCCUGGGAGUGACUGCUUAUGAGCUGCUGAGAGGCCGGAGGCCGUAUCAAAUUCGCUCUGGAGCAUCUACUAAUGACAUUGCUCACAUGUUUAAGACAGCAAUUGUGACCUACCCGGCUUCGUGGUCAGUGGGAAUGGUGACGCUGCUGAAAAAGUUGCUUGAACAAAAUCCUGACCACAGAUUUUCUCAGCUAUCAGAUGUCCAGGACUGCUCCUACAUGGCUGAUGUGAAUUGGGAUGCAGUUCUGCAGAAGAGGCUGAUUCCAACUUUCAUUCCUAAUAAAGGCAGACUGAACUGCGAUCCCACCUUUGAACUUGAAGAAAUGAUUUUAGAGUCUAAACCUCUUCAUAAGAAAAAGAAACGACUGGCAAAGAAAGAGAAAGAUAGUAGGAAAUGUGACUCGUCCCAGACUUGCCUUCUUCAAGAGCACCUUGAAUCAGUUCAGAAGGAAUUCAUUAUAUUCAACAGAGAAAAGGUAAGAAGGGAACAUAAUGAGAAGCUGGCACAAGCCAAAGACCCAGAAGAUGGUGAGAACAACAACCUGUGAAAUCUGCUCCAUCCUCUCUACAACAUUAAUCAACUGCUCUGCAUAUGGGUUCUGUGCCAUGUGCUUCUGAACCCUCCAUUUAGAAAGCUCAGAUAGUAGUUCUCACCUAUCUGCACCCCCAUUUACAAAAGCCCAAAGCGCUAGGGUAGAACACUUAGCAUUGGGGGGUUUAUACUUUAAUGUAGUACAAAGAAUACAGGACUUAGACUAAGACAGAUCCGGUUUCAAAUCCCAGCAAUGAUACUGUGUGGCCAUUGGCAGAUGACUUUACCUUUCUGAGCCUCAGUGGAUAAAGGGGGUAAUAGUAUUUACAUUACCUAUAUAAAUAUGGCCUACCUCACAGGAUUGCUGUGAGGAAAACACUAUAUAGUUGUGAAUUCUUAUUAUAUUUAAUUCUUUUUCUCCUCCUUGCCACACUAUAGAAAAUGUAGGAAUUGGGGUGAGGUCCUUUCAUCUUAGAAAACUAAUAAAGGGGAAUUGGAAUGUCUUUAAUCUAUCUGAGCAUAAAGUGGAGAAUUCUGUCCAGGAAAAAAAAAAGUAUGGGACUUAAUUAAUCAUAAGGUUCUAUGUGAAAGAGACCCCCCUCAAUCAGGGACCUUCUCAUAGUUAACAUAGCCCUUCAGCACUAAUCAUCUCAUUUAAAUAUGGAUUAUAUGUUAUCUAGCUAAGUAUCAGGAAAUAACAGAAAAGAAUAUGGUCAGAUGUUAAAAUGCAGAGAAAUUUGAGCUGAUGUCUGUGUGUGUAUGAGAGAUAAACUAACCUCCAUCAAGACACAAAGAAAUACUGACAGUGUCUCUUUCUUGCUACAUUCAUCAACUAACUCUAGGACAAAGUGUUGGCUGAUCGAGGAAGCAGACAUUCUGGGGGUAGAAUAUGUAGAAUUAGGGCCUGUGUGAAAGCCAGAGCACUAGUUAGCUUCACUCCCCUAUGAGCAAGAAGUGAGGGACUCAACAUCUGCUUAGUAUUUACAGCUUUUAAUGUAUUGAACUAACUAGUCUUAAGUUCCCAGCAGUGCUAGAAAAAAGACUUCUUGCCAUUUAAAAAAAAAUGAAGUAUAUUUGCAAGAAAGAAGCAUAAAUAUCUUUGAAAAUAUUUGCAAAAGUAACUACCACCAAACAAAACACCAUCCACCUCCACCUCUUAUGUUCUCCUCCAACUAAGUCACUCUGGCUGUCCUUGGAUUGGCCAACAGUAAAAUGCUCAUGGUCAUUAUCUGGACCCUAUUGCUCAGAGUAUAUAAAUAGCCAUUGCUUCUGUUUUGGCCAAAAAGCCCUGAGAGUCUUUUCGGCUCAGAUUGAUUUUUUAUUUUUGAAUAGGUGAAAGAAGUCAUUUUUUUUUGCCUCAUCUCUUACUAGGCUUAAUCACAGAAUGGCCAAUGCUUCAGUCACAUUGAGAACUGUGAAAGAUCUCAGCUUAAAAAGGCCAAGGUCUCCCACUGCAUCCAGGGCCAUCUCCAGUCAUCUGACCUAUAUCUGGCCACUAGACCCUGAUGGCUCCGGAGGAGAAAGUGAGGCUGGAGACUCUAUUCCCCCCUCCCUUAUUUAAAUCCAAAGCACUCACAUGUCAGGGCAUCACCUCCCUGCUGUCAUGGUCCUCUGAGAAGGAAGGACAAACAAUAGCAAUCCCCUCCAACCAGAAAGUGCAUCAAGUGAAAUAAUAUCUGUAAAACACUCUGUGAAUAGGAUCUCUUAUUCAAGGAACUCUCUCCAAACACCAGCCCUUGUCCUAACAUAAUCUGAUCUAAGGAUUGGAAUAAAGUCAUCAGUAAUGAGAAAGAGAACAGACUUUCUUUCCAAAGAGAAAAGACCAAGAGUUUCCAUGGUCAUUUGCAACUCAGGCCAAAUAAUGUGUUUUGGUUGCUCUGACUCAAGCCCCAAAGGUCAUAGACUUUUUCUUCCCUGUCACACAUUUCUUCUUCAUUAAAGAGUCCUGUUGAAAGACCUUCCUGAGGGAUAUUUUGGGAACAAGCAUAUUACCAAAGGAAAGAAAUGCAAACCAUUUGGCUCAUUUUCCACUGACAUGUCUAACUCACACAUCUAGGAUGUCUCAACCAGGAGAAGGACAUUGUAAAAUAUCCAUUUUUCAUAUUCCUAGUGAACCAGGAUAUAAUUCUAAUAAUAAACUACAUAUGGGCCCAGAAUAGUGCCAUUAUUUUAGGAACUGGGAUUCACUUACUGGUCACUGACAAACCUGAAUGAGACAAAAAGGUCUUACUGGCCUGCUUAGACAGUUGUUUGCCAAAAAUAAAAUAUAAGUUUUGUCUGUAUUUGUAUUACCUUUAAAAAAAAUGGAGUAAGAAAGUAUGCUAUGGAUCUUUCUCACUGCUGAGCUAGUGCAAUCCCAAACUUUUAUUUUAAAAAAAAUUUCCUGUUUCUUGCUAGCUAUUAGCAACACUGAGAUCCUUCUGGUUAUUUUUUGUAUUCCUGAGGAUUAUCGGUGACUACCAUUGGCUUGAAUUGCAUGAUCCUAGGUUUUCCAGGCCCUAUCAUUUCCUGGUUCAUGACUCCUUAAACUUGGAGCCCUCCAACUGGAAAGGAAAAGGACCAAGGCAGCCAUCUAUGACUAUGUUCCUGAGAAUUUUGUUAGUGUUGUCCUAUCAUCUCCACCCAUCAUUACAGAAAAAUGUCUUUUAAAAGCUUUACUGUGCUCAUAAGGUUGGAAGCAUUUUUUUUCUUAAUAGCACUGUUUCCUGGACUUUCUGCCCAUGACUUGGGCAGCAUGGACAGGGAAGUGGGGAUACCCUACUGACAAGAGGUAUGGAUCUUGGGAUAUAAAACUCAAACCUACAGGCCAUGGUGACUUUAAAAUCUAAGGGAAUUACAAUUAAGACUUGAGUUUAUGGCUGGAAUCCAAAUCACCUCUAACCUUGUAUGACUCCUAAGUACUCACCUUGAUGUAGCACCUUCAGGUUUCCAAACUGCUGCCAUGUUCACAACCAGUUUGUGAAUUAAGCAGUAGGAUUAUCACCAUCUUCCUUUACAAAUGGGGGAAAUAAUCUCAGAGAGGAGGAAAAUAGGUCUCAGAGAGGUCAGUCACAUAGCUACUAUCCAGGGGGAACACAACCCCAGUUUUUCUGAUCCCAAGUAUAGUACUUUUUUCUCUACAUCAAGAGAGGGCUAAGAUCAGCUUAAUUGGAAUAGUCAAACAGCCUUUUGCAGGAGAAUUGUCACUGGCAGUAGUAUAAAAUGACCAGUAUCACCCUUUGCUGUGGCUCCCUCUGAUCAUUUGGCAGAUUACAAGGGAAGCAGGACAGCAAUCUCCCAGAGGAUUCUCCCAGUAUAUAACCUUUGGCUGUGCUCCAGAUUCCCAUGAUAACAUAGGGUGAACUGUGGAAGAUGAAGGGAAGAGAAUGAAGAGCUGGGUACCUCUGUUGUUCAUCACCAAGAUGUCAAAGGACCAUAUAACCUUGUUUUCUAAUAGCUGUCUGCCAUGUUCACUUGUUCUAAGUACUGUGUCUGUCUGCCACUAACGAAAUUAAAAAGUUAAAUGUCUUUCUCCUGG